CUUCACAGCAGGCAGAGUGGGAGCAGGGAAACACAGAGCUUUUUAUUUUCCGGAGAUGCAAGCAGCUGAGUGUUUGAUUUAAGAAUUGUAAUAGUGUACGAGCCUUAAAGUUGCAUGAAGCUUCUUCCUUCCCUAAGGCACAUGCAACACAAGCCAGUCUAUUUGAAGGCACCCAUGAUCUUGAAUGGGGUGUGUGUGAUCUGGAGAGGCUGGAUUGACCUACAGAGGCUGGAUGGGAUGGGUUACCUAGAGUAUGAUGACGAAAGGGCACAGCAUGAAGACGCUUUGGCCCAGGCAGCAUUCGAAGAGGCUCGACGCAGAACAAGGGACUUUGAAGACAGGGACCGAUCACACAGAGAGGAUCUAGAGGACCCUGUGGUUUCUAAAAUCUGGGACUGAUGACACACAGACAGACAGACAGCCAGCAGAAAAGAACAGGUCCAGACGACAGCAGGACCCCAGCCCUGGCUCAAACAUGGCCAACGCUGAUGUGGAACACAAAAUGCGCUGAGGAUAAAAGGAAGGAGGAAGAGCAGUUCAGUUUCAACACAAUCUGCUGAAAGUAUUUACAGUUGUAGGCCAAUUGUUCACUACUUUUUCCUAAAAAAUAUAAUAUUAUUUGAAUGUAGAAGAGAAUAAAUUUACAAUUACAAAUUGAUUGAUUUGAAAGUGAAGAAAGCCCCUGAAUAGAAAGAUCAUAAUGUUCAACCUGCUAAACGUAGCUUAUUAUUACUUAAAUACAAAGGAAGGAACAUAGUGGAUUGAGCAUUACAGUGUAAAUGUGACACAUCCAAAGUAAAAGUUUAUGAUUCAGUUUAUAAAGAAAUUAUGGAGUUUGAUAUUUCUUGUCCAUGUCAAAAAAGGAUUAUUAUUAUUAUUACUAUUAUUACUAUUAUUAUUAUUAUUAUUAUUAUUAUUAUUAUUAUUAUUAUUAUUAUUAUUAUUAUUAUUAUUAGCACAAGUAAAGUUUGCUCUAAAUAAAAGAUGUUAUAAUGGAGAGGGAGGCAUUGUAAGGGGUGCAGAUGUUAAUAACAUGUAGAACAAAAGGAAAGAGACAUGUGUUUGGCUCAGGGUCACGACCACGGUUUUUUGGUCAUGGUGCAGCGCUUCACAUUUGUGAACAUGGCCGUGUUAAGCCCACUGUAACGACUUCACUUCCUAAAACCUGCUGUUUUCUGAGACCAAAGUUCACUUUGCUGCGUGGGGGAGAAGGAGGGAGGGGGUCACUCAGACAUAUUAACACAAUUGGACAGGUAGGAUGAAAAGAUCAGGAGAACAUUCUGCCGAUCGUGGGGUUAAGAACUGGUACAAUAAUGCUGUACAAUAAUAUUCACAACCGCUUUAAAAUAUCGCUAUCGUAAAGAUCCAAUCACAGGUUAUGUAGCAACAACUUCAUGGAAGGACGGUUAUUAAAAAUUGCUAGAAACUCUGCUUUCUGUGGCUAUGGGAGCAAUCGGGGAAAUGUUUUUGUAAGGGGGUGCUUGUGUGUUGGGGGGGCAUUUAAAAUGUCCUUUCUCUUACAAGGGGUUUUGCACUAUGUGACACAAUCUGUUGUGAUCGCCACAUGGAUUCCCUGUAAAUGCAUGAAACCAAACAAAGGCCUACUUACAGCAUGUUCCCUAUGCAGCAGAUUCAAAGCAGAGCUUGUGAUUACAGAAGAGAAAUAUCUGGAUGAUUCAAGACUAUAGUUUGAUGCAGUAAAGUUCAUCUGAGUUGGCCCCAAAACAACGUGUCCUUCUUAUUUCUCAUUUGACUUGGUGUCAUUGCUUUGUUAUGACUGUCAGCCAAAAAUGAACAUGGCACAUGUGAGUGCACAUCUCUGAAACAAGAGUGCACUGAUUGGGGUCAGUAUAAGCCUCAUGUCUCCAACAUUGGUCCAGUAUUUCAAUCAAACUAAAGAACUUUUUGAUUGAUCAGUCAUCCAGAUAUUACUCCUAAUCCAACAACUGUAGAAGCCUAAAUGCAAUCUAAAUUCUAUUCCCUGUCCUGUUACAGCACUAGUGUGAUGAAAUGAUACAUGUUGUAAUCUUAUGAUUUUGUUUUGUGAAGUCAUGAUGUUUACUUUUUUAUAUUACUUCUCAUCUCUUAUCAAUGUAUCCAUUUGUGUUCAUCUUUCAGCUUUGUUACCAACUAGUAGUAGGAAUUGGGAGCCUAAGGACCUUUGUUGCGUUUGUUGUUCAUGUGUUAUUAAUCUUAUUUUAUUAAGGAAAUCCACUUUCUGGGUUAAAUGUAUUGGAUGUGGAAUGACUCAUGACCUGUUGCUAGGCGACAUACGUGUUUUUAUAUGUACAUUCAAGGCUCAUUUCAUUUCCCAGUGUGUUUUACAUUAGCUGAACGGUUUUAUUAUAAUUAUUAAAUCUGUUGAUGUUUUUCUUUCCUUUUA